UUGUGUUAAUGUUUCUUAUAAUGAACUUUUAGGUGGACAAAUUGCUUUUAAAAUGUGUGCCUGUUAUACGGAGAAUAAUCUUAGUUGUCCUUAUCAAGAUAAUAGCAUUCUGAAUUCUGGGGGGUCUGCUAAUCAAGGUAGUAGCUUUAUGAAUCCUAGCGGAGGGUCUCCUUAUCAAGGUGGUAGCUUUCAGAAUUCUGGUGCGUCUCCAUAUCAAGAUAAUGGUGGGUCUCCUAAUAAAGACAAAGGGUUUCCCCAGUCCAAUGCGGCUCAAAAGAAUUACGAUGAGAUAAAAUUCUCAAAUGUGGUUGUGCCCAGCUUUCUGGCCAAUCGUGUGAAACCAAAGCCAAAAGCAAAGCCUAAAGCUUGUCCCAAUAAAAAGAAGUGUUGUCAGUGCAAAGAUGUUGGAUGUAAUACUUGUGAGCCACCUAACUUUGAGUAUCCACCUGUCUGCAAAUGCUGUGGCCAGUUAACUGGCUUGCCUCAAUUUCCAACGGUGUGGUCUUCCCCUGAUGUUUUUGUGAAUCAAUUGAAUCCCGGCCCAAUGAAUCCAUUAAAUCCUAUAGACGCUGACCCGUCAUUGCGGAGACUUCGACCGGCUGGUUUACCUAGCAAAAAUUGUCCACCCUUUGAUCCCUGCACAGGCAAGGAAUUGUGGAACCCAAAUCAAAUCCAAUCAGCACCGCAAUUUGCCGGUCCUCAAAAUAUACCAGCAUCAUUUCCACUGCCAGGAUUGAAGAACCUGUUUGCUCCAAAUAUGCAGUUCGGAUCAGAUCCCCAAUUGCUCCUAGGCAGAGGCAGCUGUCCACCCUGUCCAUCCUGGCCAGAAAUACAAAGUACGCCAAAGCAAACCUCAUCGGGAAUCAGCCUGGGCAAAUCGAAGGGAAAAAAUAAAAACUCGAGCACUAAUACCCUGGGCAAGGCCAAGAACAAAGUCAGAAAAACCAACAGCUAUACCCAAGACAAAGGCGUGGACAAAGUCUUAUGGCAGCGUGGCAAAAGAUCAGCAUCCGCAGGCCCGAAGCAAAACGAUUGUUGUAAUUGCUGUAGUGCGAACAACAAAGGCCCGAAUACAGCAAAGAAGACCUCACCUGAUUAUCCUACGACCAGAAGGGCGCCACCCUCCAAAAGUUCCGGUGAUGGCAGAAAGGUCACCAGCUCGCCUUCGGUUGAUAAAAAUAAGUUCGGCAAGCCCAGCAGCAACAACAACAAGAGCAAACGACAGGGCAACAACGGUGAGGUUCAAGUAGUCAACUGCUGCAAUGCGAGCCCUGAUCUCAUGAAUCGCAUUUGUAACUCGCUGCAAGUUCCGCGUCCACCGGAAAGCUGUUAUCUCUUGCUACCAAUUACAAUGUCCACCAAGGGUAGAGACGAAUCCAGGCAAAGUGCCAAAGGUAAUAAUCAAGGCGCCGAAGAAUACAAUCCUGCUGCUGGCUAUGGCAAUAGUAGACCCGAAAAUGGACUUCAAAACGAAUGCAUUCCACGCACUAUGCGCACCUGUGCCUGCAAUACAGAAAUCAGUGGAUACUCACAGAACAGGGAUCUUGAGGGUGGAGCUGACAAUAUCGGCGAUGAUAACAACAAUGCCAAUGGCUCUGGUUGUGCGUCUGGCUGCUGCCGUUGGCCCCGACGCGCCUGCUACUAUAAUGCUUAUACGGGUCGCUAUUGCUGGUAUAAUAACUGCUGCUGUUCCAAUGGCUGCUCCAAUGGCUGCUCCAAUGGCUGCUGUAGCAAUUCCGCCGGUGCUUGCUGUCCCUUGCCAGCCAAGUCUCAGCAGUCGAAGCCAAACUCAAAGAAGGAUGGUAAUAAAUCACCAAAAAAGCAAUCAGCGCCCAAAGACUCAAGCAACAAAGACGAUCGCUUCAUGGGCGGGGAUGUAGCGCCAUUCCAGCCGGAGGGCGAAGAAGAGGUCAAGGCUUGGAUGGGAUACAGUCAGUACGUGAACAGCAACACCCCCAGUGGGAUUAAUUCGUUCAUAUCGUUUCCGCCCACAAGGCCACCAUCUCCGGGCCAAGCCAGUCCUUAUAUAGCUUGCCUGCACCUAUGA